CGAAACACCGGACCUGCUCGGAUGUUGACUGUCGUCAGGAGGGUCGGAGCUGCUAACGUCAAACAACUUCAGUUCACACCGCGGGCAGGCUGUUUCCUCACAAAACCAGGUUGUGGCACAGUCCCUCAGGAGGAAUCUUUCUUUUCCCACGAGCAGAAUAAAAGUCUACAGGAGAGCUGUGAGUGGAGCUCCGUGUCCAACCCCUUUCCCUAUACAGACAUCCGGCCAGUAUGUCCAGUGACCCUCCUCCUCCGUACCCUGGAGGUCCCAGUGCCCCUCUCAUUGAGGAGAAGAAUGGACAGCCCGUAAGAACUGCUCCUAUACAGGGACAGCCGUUACCUCCAGACUACGGUCCUCCACCCUAUGAGGCCCCACAGCCAGGCUUCCUUCCCCCACAUGUCCCUGGAGAAGGGCCCAUGCCAAUGCCAAUGCCCCCACCCCCAGGUGGUGCCUACCCACCUCCUCCUGGUCACUUUCCUCACCCAAUGCCAGGACAGAUGGGUCCCGGUCCAAGCCACUUUGUCCACAUGGGAGGUCACACAGCGACCGUCCUGGCUCCUCCAGGAGCAGCCACCACUGUGACUGUGCUGCAGGGGGAAAUGUUCCAGACCUCACCGGUGCAGACUGUGUGUCCGCACUGCCAGCAGGCAAUCAUCACCCGCAUCUCCCACGAUGUCGGCCUCAUGAACACACUCUUCUGCCUCUUCUGCUUCUUUGUUGGGUGUGAUCUCGGCUGUUGCCUGAUCCCUUGCUUGAUUGAUGACCUCAAGGAUGUGACACACACUUGCCCUUACUGUAAGGGCUACAUUUACACAUACAAGCGUAUAUGCUAACCACCGACAGCUGUAUGCUACAGAGACAUGUACAUGCACACACAUAAAGUCACAGCUCCUCCUGCUGGUAGUGACAGGCUUUCCCCCCUCCACAUUUUUGCAAAGUGUUGUGUAGCCCUCCUAAAUUGUAAGUGCAGUUUUCUCAUUAGUUCACAGAAUAUUACUGUAUAUAUCUUUCUGCAUAAUUCUUUCAUGUAUAAACAUGCAUUUGAAAUGUACAAAGCUCUACACUGAACUACAGGAAAUGUAGGGCACUAAAACGCCCAGCAGACAUCUGAUCCUGUAUGGAAAUUGGGAGAAAAAGACCUGUGAAGUUACAAAUGUUAAUGGAUAAACAGCCUCAGUUAGAGAAAAGCUGUGGAAAAAAAAAAGGUCACUUUAUUUAUUUGAAAUCAUCUGUGAAUGUUGCUGAGAAACAAGAAAUCUAUUGAGGUCACACAUGCUGGGUUAACUUUGUUUUUUUCUUAUUUAUUUUGAAUAUUUUAGCCACUGUUUUAACAGGUUAAUAGAGAACUGUGUUUGUCCAUGUCUGAUAAUUUUGUUCUAACAGACCUGGUUUUUCUUUUUUUUUUCUUUUUUAUUUAUCACUAUCCCUUUUAGAAUGUGAGCAAACAAAUGAACCAUUUCUAACUGAUGUUUAUGCUAGUUUGGGAAUGCCUAGCGUUGACUUGUAUAUGUAUUAAUCUUCUGGGCGUCAGUCAGAAGGCACAAAAUGUUCAGUGAUUUAAGCUCUUAACGCAUUAGUGCCCUCUGUCCGCAAUGUACUUAAGUUUGAUAAUAAGGAUUUGCACUUUAAGUUUGAAGUUACAUUUUCCCCCUCUGAUGCAUUCGAAACUACAAACCUCAGCUGUCCGUAGUCUUUUAGAAGUUUUGGCUUAAGGGGAAAAAAAAACUUGUAAAAGCAGUGUGUACUUUUGGCUUUUACUUGGGUUUGUUGUUCGCUGAGUGAAUCCCACAAUACCUGCACUUAUUCAGACUAUAGUAGACUCAAAGUAGAGCUGGCAGACUGGCGAAUUUUACUGUUAGUGAUGGAGACACACUGCAUGACACCUGUUACCUUGUGUCCUCUCUCUGGCCCAUUUGUCAGUAUAAUGCACCGCUCCACACUAGGUUAUCUUCUCCCUGAUACUGCUGGCUGUUUAUUGGUGCCACAGUAAACCGUUAGCUAGUUUAAAAUAGGAAAAGUAUGUUGGCAAACAAAUGGCAGCAGUGGCACCAUCAUCACCUAACACUGUUCAGCUUGUAACCCUCCUAAUACGGCGACAGCCCUUAAAGAGUACUGCAUUGGUCAGAUGCAUGUUAGAUAAUAAAGAUGUCCUCUUUGACUAAAGCUAAAUAGUGACCGCUAGGAAUAAGCUUCAAAUAAAUGACUGUAAUAGACAUCUUGAAAAAAAUGACAUUGUGAUUCCAUUAAGAUUACUAACAAUGAAACAACCAUCGUUCCACCACAGCAUGCCCAAACAGCCAUUCACAUUCGCCCACCCAGUGCAGAGUUCGUCUGCAUGAGCCACACAAACUGAAUAAUUCUCACUCGCUAGUUCCUUGACUUCUAUAUGCAUUUGAUUUUUUUCUUUCCUUGAGGCUAGCUAAGCUGUGCAAGAAAGUGAAUUUUGAGUUGAAGGAUUGCAUUGAAGUUUUAAUACAAAGUACUGUAUGCCAUUGUUGUGAAUAAUGCCGGUCUGCAUUGCUCUCUAAAUGUCUGUGAUAUGUAUAACUAUGUAAGUCAAAAAUUUGUUUGACUGUUGUAUACAGGUACUAUUUUAUCAAUAAAAAUCAGAACAUGA